GUGCACCCUCUAGACUGGACACUUCUCUAGAAUCUGUUACUUAUGUCCGUUUUAAAGGUCAACGCAUCUUUUCGUCUUUGGUCGUUCACGUUAUGACCAUAUGUUUUAGGAAACUCAACUGAUGCUGGACAUAAAGUGACUUUUACGGGAACGGAGUCGGUGUGAGUUUACAACGACUUUGCUGGCUGUGCAGUAUGUGGUGGGAUGGAUGAGGAGGAGCAGAACCGCUACGUGGCCCAGUUGAAAGCUGAGUUUGACAGCUGUGACACCACCGGGACCGGUUACCUCGACAAACAGGAGCUCACUGCCUUAUGCCACAAGCUGAGCUUAGAUGCCCAUCUCCCCUUACUGCUGGACACUCUGCUUGGACCGCAACAUUAUGCCUGGGUGAAUUUUGAGGAGUUCAAAGAGGGCUUUGUGGCUGUGCUGUCAAGGUCUUUGGACUUUAGUACUUCAGAGGAGGAAAGCAGUUAUCUUGAACCAGCAGUCCCAGAGGAGGUGAAGCCUAAAUAUGUGAAAGGAACCAAGCGGUACGGGCGGCGAUCACGGCCAGACAAGACUGACGUAGAGCUGACAGCGGACUCAGAAGAUUCACCAAAGUUUGGGACUGACAAAGUAGAAAGAAACGGUGUGAGGAGAGCCAAGCUCAGACGCUCCACCUCACUGGAGAGUGUUGAGAGUCUCAAAUCAGAUGAGGACACAGGAAGCAACAAGGAGUCCACACACCACUAUUUUGUGGCACAAGGCCAGUUGAAGCUCUGGAAUCAAGAUGGCACAGGAAGUCCUCAGCGUUCAUCUGACCCUCAGCAGGAAGUGACAGACGGACAGGUGAGGGCAGUAUGGCAGGAGCUGGGGGUCGGAGCCGGAGGAUCACUAAACCGCGAGGAGCUGUCACUCGUCUGUGACCACAUCGGUCUCAAAGACUUACAGUCCGAGGAGUUAGACGCUCUCUUCAGGAAACUAGACAAGGAUCAGGAUGGGAGAGUCAGUCUGAGUGAGUUCCAGAGCGGGCUGUUCACACAACACGAUCACGCUGCUCCCAUCUCUACCUCCACCCCUGCCCGGCCCAAACCACAGCGCUCCAUCUCAAAGGCCCUUGAGGAGCGAGUGGUGCGCUCCACCUCCCCUUCUUUACUGUCGGCUACGGUGGGUCAGAGGCUGCUGACCCGUCUGGAUGAUGGAUCGGGAUGCACAAGCCCAGAUAAAGUCAUCGCCCUCUGGCUAGAGGAGGGCAUCCACAACAGCAGGGAUAUUCUACAGACUCUGGACUUCUCUCUGGAGGAGCGUCUGUGUCUGGCUGAACUCACUCUGGCUCUGGACAAUGAGUUGCUGGUCAGUGGGAACGGCAUCCAUCAGGCUGCUCUGGUCUCCUACAAGAAUGAGAUAAACUACUUACAAGUUGUGGCAGACCAGGCUUGUCAGGAGAGGGACAAAGCCAAGGCGUACCUGGAACUGGCUGACCGCCGCAGCCUACAGCUGGUCAGAGAGGUGGAUGAUCGCCAUGCGACCAUGGAGUCUCUCAAUGAGUCGAAAAUCAAGGGUCUGGAGCAGGAUUUCCGGGAUAAACUUACGGCACUGAGGAGUGAAUCAGAGUAUGAAAGCGAGGUGCUUCUAGAGCAGGUAGAGAAGGAGCGCAAGAGACUCCAGGAGGAGCUAGAGCUGCUCAGGGCUCAGGACGUUAGCCUUCAGGAGGACAUUUGCACUGCUGCUAAGGAGAGCAGUCGUUUGGAGGAGGAGGUCAGCGUCCUGAAGGAGAAGCUGUCUGAAGCCGAGAGCACCAUCUCUAAACUACAGAAGGAUCUAGAUCAUCUGCUGCAGGACAAGUAUGGUGGCCUUGAUCCAAAUGGCACAGGACUGCUGAAUCAAGAAGAGCACUUCUCGGAGAUCUUUAAGGAGUAUGAGCUGCAGUGCAGGGAGUUGCAGGACAGGAAUGACGAGUUACACUCAGAGCUGGAGUUGUUGAAAUCUCAGGGCUCAGGAAGGAGAGCCAGACGAUCCAGGAGCAGCCUGUCUGGUCAUGACUGGUCAAGCCAAAGAGCAUUAACCGCUGAAUCAGAUUCUGAUGAUCCAGAAAUGAAGAAAGGUACAUCGCCUCAGGUCAGAAAAAAGCUCCAAGUCACUGACAAGAAUGUUUUAGGUUCCUUGGUGAGUUUGGCUCCCCCUGUGAGCAUCGAGACAGAACUGGCCAUGGAGCAGAUGAAAGAGAAAAACGAGCGAGAGGUCCAGGACUUGAAGAUCCAACUGCAGACUAAGGUGAAUUUCUACGAGCGCAGUAUGGAGCUGAUGCGGCAGAAUAUGGAGGUUGAGUGGAAGGACAUCUCGCAGAGCUUUAAGAUGGAGAUCAGUGAGUUGGAGGGCCUGAAGGCUCAGGCAGAGGAGAGGGCGGAGAAAAUGCGUCAGGCUGUUGAGCGGCUGGAAGCAGAGCUGAGGGGUAAGACUUCAGGAGGAGCCUGGGGUCCAGAGCAAGAACGGAUAAUUCAACGGGAACAGGCAGAACUAGAGCAGAACUACGCUCGUGAGAUCAGUAACAUCGUGCUGCGCCUCACCUCAGAGAAAGCUCAGCUAGAGGCAGAACACAAGCUCAAGAUGGACCAGGAAGUGCUGCUUGUUAGGGCUCAAUUUGAUGAGGUCACCUCUGAAAACAGUGCACUGAAAGACAGGCUUGCUGUCUUACAGCAGGAUGUCAAGUCGCUGGAGGAGGAGCUCAACAAAAAGAGGAGGAAACUUGAAGAGAUGGAGAGAGAAUAUAUGAAGAAUCGAGAAGAAGAGGAGAGGCUACGGAAAGAGAAUUCCAAAUUUCGAGAGGAGGUGCUUGACUUCAGUGCGAGAAACCUGCAACUUAGCAAUGAGAACGCUGAACUGAGUUCCCGGCUGUCUACUGAUAAGAGAGCAGUGCAGACGCUGACUGACAGGCUUGCACAGGUGUGUCAGGAGAACGAUGAGGCAGCUGCGGCCUACAAACAGCUGCAGGAAACCCUUCAACAGCAGAAGAGCGACACACUAAAGCUGCAGGAACAGUGGCAGAAAGAGAAGGAGCUUCUAGAGAGGGAGCUUAAAACUGCCAAGGAGACGCUCCAGCGUUUGACGGCGGUUGAGUCUGCAUUGAAUAGUCAGACUCUGAAAAACCAAGCACUAGAGCAAGACAAGGAGCGUUUGCUGAAGGAAACGUCAGACAGAGACCAGAAGCUGAUAAAUCUUCAGGAAUCUCUUGGCAAAUCAGAAGCCCAGAUAGAGCAGCUCAACUCCCAGAUCUUGACUAUGUGGCAAGAAAAGGAUGUUCACAUCCAGGAGUCAGCCACACAUCAGAAGAUGCUGCAACAGUCUCAGGAAAAGGUCCAGGAGCUUGAGGAGAGCAUACGUCAGUUGCGUAAAGAGAAGGAGCAGUUACAUCAGACCCAGAGGCUUCAGGAGGAGACGGCAGUCGGUGUCCUGCAGAAGGAGUGCAAGAGUUUGCGACUACAGAACGAGGAACUUCGUAAUAAGGUGGCUCGGCUGCAGACUCAGGAGCUGGAACUUCAGAGACUGACACAUGAGUGCCUCACUUUGAGGAACAAACAGGCAGAGCUGGAGACCGCUAAACAUGAGGCAGACAAACAGGCGCUAAGGGCAGAUAGCGCUCUAUCAAUGGUCCAGGCCCAGCAUGCAUGUGAGGUGCAGGAACUAAGGGAACAGGUGGGUUCUGGCACUCGGGAGCACUUGGCUCAUCUGCAAACUCAACUGGUGGAGCAACAGCGCAGGACACUGGAUUUAGAGGAUCUGCUUCGCUCUCAGGCCAAACAGGCCGGUGUUCAGAUGGGACUUCAGCAGGAGCAGUACGAGAAAUUGAUGGCAAGUAUGCAGGAGCGUAUGGAUGAGGUUGAGGCCAAACUGAAAAACACCCGUGUCAUGCUGCAGGAGAAGGUCAACCAGCUAAAAGAACAGCUAGCCAAAAAUGCCAAGUCAGAUCUGCUGCUGAAGGACCUGUAUGUGGAAAACUCUCAGCUCAUGAAGGCUCUUCAGGUGACGGAGCAGAGGCAGAAGAGUGCAGAGAAGAAAUCUUUUCUUUUGGAGGAGAAAGUGAUCGCCCUUAAUAAACUGCUACGUAAAAUUGCCCCAGCAUCCCUCACAGCUUAGACUUGUUGCACUCCAUUAUGAGCCUUUAUUUGUUGUACUGGGCUGUGAAGUCCCACCCUUUAGUGCACUUUUGUCUUUUGGUGCAAAACGUGUUUUUGUAAAAGCAAUCCUAGUGUUAAAAUGAAAGCACAGAUAAUGCAAAGUCUUAAAGAGUUACUGUAACAGCAUAUUGUAUUAAAAAUCGUGCUGUUUUCAAGAGUAUAAAGAGAAAGAAGGGUUAAGUUAAUUCAAUGGUCUCUUCAGAGGCAAACAAAUACCAAUGAACAAGACUUUUGUAGUAUGAGAUUUGAUCAUUCAUUAAGGACAGAGCAUUACACAUUCCUUCAGUUGUUCACUGUGAUGUAGGCUACAAACCGCAAGCAUUCUUGUAAAUGUGUUGACUUCAGUAUUUGCUAGUAAAAAAAA